UCUUAUCCUGGUUUCCUACAUUGCUGUACCAUAGAAACGGGACAAAACUCUUUGAUUGGUGGACGGUUUGCAUAAAAUAACAGUGUUUUGGGGAAUCAAUAAGUGCCUGUAUUUCCUUAAGAGUGUUUUCUUUCAUUACUUCAGCACUUCAGUGGUCUCUUUGAACUGUGAAUUCAGUGCCUCUAAAAAUGCUGGACAAAUUUACAUUUUUUGGUACAUCUUGUUAUCGUAAUUUUGCAGAAAAACGUGCGAAUACUAUCCACAUUUCCACAAAGGGUGACAAAUGAGUGAUAAUGUAUUCUUGCCUGAAGAGAAGAGAGCAGAUUUCAGAGGUGUGAAAAUGAUACAGAGGUGUGAAUGGAUGAGGUGAGGACUGAAUAUGCUUUGUUCUGUAAAUUGCCUGAAUGUUAUAGGGCAUGCUCUUGGCCACGUCAGCACAUUCAAUUAAAAAACCCAGCAGUUCAGUUAUUGACAUUUUGGGGGGGGUAUUUCAUUUCAUGUGGUAACAAUCAAUGCUAAUAUAUUUUCCAGUAACUGUUCCCAGUUAUAUCAUGGACUUAAUACCCACAUAGUUCGUAACACUGUGUCUCUCCUCCUCAUAGGUCUCAUUAUGACAGAACGUCUAGUUUUUAACUCCAGCAUGGAGGACUGGGACCCUGAUAAUUCCUCAGACCAGCAGAAAAAGCCUUUUAUCCACCAGAAUGUCACCUACGUGGACUUUUACCUCCAUAAACCCUCGGUGGCUGCAGUCUUCACCGUCUCCUACCUGCUGAUCUUCGUGGUGUGCAUGGUAGGAAACGGUGUGGUGUGCUUCAUUGUGCUCCGCAGCAAGAACAUGCGCACUGUCACCAACCUGUUCAUCCUAAACCUUGCCAUCAGCGACCUGCUUGUGGGCAUCUUCUGCAUGCCAACCACGCUGCUGGACAACAUCAUAACAGGAUGGCCAUUUGGCAGCAUUGUGUGCAAACUAAGUGGUAUGGUUCAAGGGAUAUCGGUGUCAGCUUCUGUGUUCACGUUGGUUGCCAUAGCAGUUGACAGGUUUCGCUGCAUCGUCUACCCUUUCAGACAGAAGCUGACCAUUGGCACCUCAAAGAUGAUCAUUGUCAUCAUCUGGGUCCUGGCCUUGUUCAUCAUGUGUCCAUCAGGGGUGAUGCUGCAGGUCACAGAAGAGCCAACGGUACGAAUAGUUGUGGACCACAGGAGCAAGACCCGCCCCUUCUACUGGUGCCGGGAGAAUUGGCCCAGUCAGGAGAUGCGUAAAAUCUACACCACGGUUCUUUUUGCUAACAUCUACCUCGCCCCUCUGAAUCUUAUUGUAAUCAUGUAUGCCCGAAUUGGUUUCACCCUCUUCAAGACCACCAUUCCCCCCACGAGGGGCAGUGGAAGUGCAACCGGAGAGAGCAGCAGCGCCAACAAACUGAGCAUGGACGGAAGGCAAACAAUUUCAAGAAAGAAGAAGCGGGUGAUCAUGAUGCUUGUUAUCGUUGCUCUGCUCUUCGUUUUGUCUUGGCUGCCUCUGUGGACUCUGAUGAUGCUAAGCGACUACGCCCGCCUGACUGAGCACCAGUAUCGUGUCAUUAAUAUCUAUGUGUACCCCUUUGCUCACUGGUUGGCCUUCUUCAACAGCAGUGUCAACCCCAUCAUCUACGGAUUCUUCAACGAGAACUUCCGCAGAGGCUUUCAGGCAGCUUUCAAGUUCCAGCUUUGUUCCAUUGAUAUUGUGCGCCAGAAGACCUUCUCCCAUCGGAUUAGAGGGAACGCUGUGCUCCCAGUCCAGCCUGCCAGCAUAAACAGGCCUGGCUCCAGAGCUGGAUCAAUGUUAGUACAAAAUGGAAAGUACUCACGUAAAGAGGGACAGUCUUUGGCAGGAGAGAACAAUGGAAGAGACCAGGAUGUAAUCAUGGAGGAUUUAGAAAAGGUGUCACAGAUUUAGAAAUGGUGACAGAAAAUCAGCUACCAGUGACUCAAUCUAAAAGUAAAAGCUUUUCUUGUUUGUUCCAAGUGAAUGUCCUUUAUAACUCAACCGCUUUUCUGGUCAAUGGAAGACAGCAACUUAAAAGCUGGUUUAAAAAAAAUCUGUACACAUCUAAUUAUAAUAGCAUAAAAGCUUUUAACAAAGUAAGUGUUUUCAUAAAGCAACCUUGGUACUAAUGAUUUUCUCAAAUAACAAAAAAACUGGUAACAUCCAAAGUAGCCAUGGUAACAGUAGCCAGGUCUCCAUGAACACCAAGGCAAAAAAGGAAGAGAAGUCAAGGUUCACAAAGAUACAAAUGUUCCCAAAUUUAAAAAGGGUUUAAAUUUAAUUCCAACUGGCAAAAGAAUCAGCAAAUAAUUACAAACACCUGUUAUCUUUGUUUCUUUUUUGUAAAAUGUUUGUUUUUCUAUUUAAUUAAAUCAACAAGGUCACACAUUUUGCAUUAUUGAAUUUUUCUUUAAUGUUUAUUUAACCAGGAAUGUCCUAUUGAGAUUAAAAACCUAUUUUUUGGUUAGUUUUGGUCAAUAAAUUUUCAUUUUACAGAACUAUUUUUAAUUUCUUUUCUUAUGCUCUGAAAACUAGACCGUUUUUUGAAAUGAAUGGAAAUAAUGGUAAAACACAAAAGGAAUUACUGUGAAAACGGUGUGUGCAGUUUACAAAUACUGAUACAUCAGUUUCCAGCUUUGGCCAUGUGGUAGAGUGUCUGGACUAAGACAGGAAGGUCACAUCCAAGAUCAAUUGCAGGCCAAGUUAUAGCAAAGAUUCUAAGGCUGAAUCCAAAUUUUCCCCCCACGCCUUCAGCUUCUCCCUACCCCUCCAACUGUAGGGGCAUUUGAACCAGUCCGUAUUUUCCGAGAUCUGGCAGCUGCGGGCAAACGUAGAUAACUGGUGAUUACUGAUGAUGUAUGUCAUUGAACAGUAGUAACAUUCGAAUUUGAAGACACUAUUUUUCCAUAACUCUCUUUUUGGAGGGCUAAAUGUAGGGGUAAGGAGAAGCCAAAAGGGUAUGGGAGGUAUUCAGAUUCUGACUCAGCAUUUAGGGGUUGGUUUGGGGGGGUUAAACCACCAAAUGAUUCCCGAGCAUGGCUGUUGGUGUAGCUCACCGCUCCCCCAGGUGAUAGCUCAAACAAACAAAUUUCACACACCUAGGUGCGUGACAGCUAAUGGGACUUUAACUUUAAGUUGAUAUGCUAUGUAACACGGCAGACAAUGUUUACAUUUGUAGUGCUAACAUUGAUUGUAGCGCCAUAAAGCCAUUCAUUUCACCAGAAACACUACCACUAAGUAUAUGUGAUUUUCAGAAAUCAGAGCUCUGUCUUGGCUUCCUAUCGAAAAAAAACCUCCCAACAACAAGCAGAUGUCUGUUGGUUUAAAGUCCUGUGACAAGCUAAAAAAUGUUUCAAGACAGAGAAAGGUUUUUGGCAAAGUGUCCAAUUUUGUAUUGAGAUGACACCCAUCAAAUUGGUGUGAGGUCAUUCCCAUGAUGCACUGUUUUAUGGCUUGUCAAAUGUCAGAAAGCUUUUGUGACUGUACGAGCAACAAGAUUUUUGCUUCAUAGCUUUUGAAAAGUAACAAUUUUGCACUUUUGCAUUCCACAACUAUAUCAAUAAAAAGAUGGAAUCACUGUGUUAGACAUAAAGUGACUCGCUUUAAAAACUGGCCAAAAUGGCACAAAACAAAAUGAAGAAGGCAAUUACAAAGCUACAAACACAGCCAUAGCAUUGAUUGUGGAGUUUUCAAUGACUUGACAUGGUACAGUGUUUGACCUAGAGGGCAAACACUGGUCCAAAUGGGGGCUUAUGCUGCCUUUUCUGCCAAAGUUGACUAUUUUCACGAAAGUUUAGUUUUGAUGAGUAUUUUAACUUAAAAAUGUUGGUAAAGGUAUGGAGAGAAACCUGAAAAUUUGGGUAGUUUUGAAUCACAGACAAUCUUUUCGAACAGUCACGUCUUGAAAGCUACAUUAAGAGCUGGCUUGUGAUGUGUGUUCAAAAAGGUGAGGAAAUGUGGGCUCUCGAACGUGCUUUUAGCAUGGUGUUCACACUGGACUGUUGCUACCCAAUACUAGUGCAUGUACUCACCGUCGGAAGAGACUUGGUGUAAAAUGUUGGAGCAGUGCAAAUCU